AUGUUAAACGAGUUUCCAACCGAAAUUCUGCUCGAGAUAUUCCAAUACCUGGACCCCAAAGAUCCCGGACUUUUCGCCGUUUCAACUUGCAACAGGAGGCUACACUACCUGGCCCUCCCCGUGCACCUUGCUGCUUACGAUGUUCCAUUAGAUUUGACCUCUAAGGAGCUUAUUCUGCGGCAUGAACAGCUCGAGGUUUUACCUGGCUUACAAUCCGCGCUGUUCAUUCGCCGUCUCUCACGCCUUUCGUGUUCCUUUGCGCUGAAUAGCGCCCGACGGGAGUACAAAGUGGAGGACAGAGACGUCUUCUUCCGGCGCAUCAAAACCCUGGCCAAGUUUAUCUCCCGUUUGGAAGGGCUCAACGAGGUGACGCUGUCAUUUCAAGAUCUGAACUUUUGGGUUGUUGAAGAAAGCCUCGGCGUUUUAGAGGCAUGGGGAUCGGCGAUUACCGCGCUGCUUGACGCUGUCUUAAGCUCGCGGUGCAAAAAACUUAGUGUGGUUGGCGGCAUAUUCAUCGUGCACGCCUCUCAGUUCCCUCGCUGGAAUACCGCAACACAAAACAUUGGACGGCGAACAACAGUCAUGUCCGACAUCACCCGCAAACUGGCUAGCCACUUGACGCUAACAAAACACGACACCCAUCGUACAAUUGAUGCGGGGCAAUCGCAAUUGGAGAUCUUGAACCUUCACUCGCGUCUCCUAUUACUCCAUCCUGUCUACUCUUGGACUCUUGCUGCGUUCAAAGCGACCACCCCGAACCUGACUUCACUCUCCAUUUCCCAUGUAGACAUCCCAGAAAGCAGCUGGGAUGAUGUGAUGCCUAGUAUCCAUGUGCCUGCCCUGCAGACGCUUGAGCUCCACCUCAAGUGCAAGAUACAGCUACUGCCCUUCAUACAAUUCCUUCUCCGCCACCCACUCAUCCACACCUUGAGUCUGGGCCGCGAGUUGUUGCCCUCCGAAGAGGCAGUCGCACCACGUGACUGCUUAUCUCAGCUCGUCAGUCUCUCCGCCCCGCCUCCCUUCGUCCACUUUCUCCUCGCGGAACGCCGCAUCUCGUCUAUCUUUUCCCUCCGUGUCCUUGCCAAUGUCACCUCCAGCACGCCAUACAACGUUGCAGGAAUCAACAAAGAACUGGCGUGCUGCGUAGCCGGACUGGAGCAAGACCUCAUUCGGAUGACGCUUGCCAUUUAUGUCGACUACAACGCCUCCCACUGGACUGGCUUUUUCCCCGACGAAGAAAACUCCGACCUCUACCGCGCCAGGUUCCGCGGCCUGCAACGCCCGCUUGUAGACGCUAUACAAUACGCCCAGACAUUGGAGUUCGAAUCUACAUGUCCUAGCGACGGAUUCGAGGAUCUAGCCCUUCGCUGGCUCCCUCCUCGACUUCGCGAUGUCUCGUUUACGAAGUGUUUGAAGAGCAACGCUGACAUCCAGUCGUUCGUUAGUCGUAUUGAAGAAGCCCGGCCAACUAUCCGCAGUAUAUCUGUCGAUGGCGUCCUCCGAAAUGGCUGA